UGAGUGACACAGCAAGACUCCCUCUCAAAAAUAAAAUAAAAUAAAACAAAUUAGGCAUGGUGGCAUGAACUGGUGAUCCCAGCUACUCGGGAGGCUGAGUUGGGAGGAUCACUUGAGCCCAAGAGUUCCAGGUUAUAGUGAGCCACGAUUAUGCCACUUGCACUCCAGCCUGGGCAACAGAGCUCUAUUACAAAAAAAAAAAUCCCACAGGAACUGGAUUGUUUAAAAAGAACAGGAAAAGGAAAACAUACUAGCACAGUGAGUGAGCCCUAGUGAGCCCACAGAGGUGACUGGGUAAGAAAUACCAGUGCCUUGGAUCAGUGCUGUUCAGGCUUACGGCCUGUGAGUUUGAACACUGUCCGGAGCACCCUUAGAAAGGCCUCUCUGGGGAGGCGACAUUUGAACAGAGACUUGAAUGAGAAGAAGGCAUAAGCCAUGCCAAGAGCCCAGAAGAGGUUCUGGGCAGAGGCUUUGCACUGGGAGUGGCUUGUCAGAAUUUUAACAAAAAGAGGUUUACUUAGGCUGGUUUGAAGUUGGAGCUGGGUGGUUAACAGGAGACAAAGCAUAGAGUUUCAAAGACAAUGCUCUCAUCCUGAGAAGUGACCUGGUCAAAUGUGUUUCCGACCUUCGCUGUCCAGUAAUACAGGAGCCACUUUUCACAGGGGCUCAGGAGCACUCAACUGUAGCUAUCAAGACAGCUAAACUGAACUUUCUUUUUUAAAAUUUAAUUUUAAUUUUUAGAGACAGGGUCUCACUCUGACACUCAGGCUGGAGUGCAGUGGCUGGAGCAUCCUGGGCUCAAGAGAUCCUCCUGCCUCAGCUUCAGGAGUAGCAGAGACUACAGGUAUGCACUACCACACCUGGCUUAUUCUUUUAUUUUUUGUAGAUAUGAGGUCUUGUUAUGUUGCCCAGGCUAAUCUUGAACUCCUGGCCUCAAGAAAUCCUCCAUGACCAGCCUCUAAAAUUUAAAAAAAAAAAAAAAAAAGAUAUGGCCGGGCACAGUGGCUCACGCCUGUAAUCCCAGCACUCUGGAAGGCCGAGAUGGUCGGAUCACUUGAGGUCAGGAGUUCGAGACCAGCCUGGCCAACAUGGUGAAACCCCGUCUCUACUGAAGAUACAGAAAAAAGUUUAGCUGGUUGUGGUGGUGGGCACCUGUAAUGCCAGCUACUCAGGAGGCUGAGGCAGGAGAAUCGCUUGAACCCGGGAGGUAGAGGUUGCAGUGAGCCGAGAUCGCGCCAUUGCAUUCCAGCCUGAGUGACAGAGCCAGAUUCCAUCUCAAAAAAAAAAAAAAAAAAAGUGGCUUCCAAAAAAUGUAAAAUUAGGCCGCGGCUGGCAUAUUUUUCCACUGGGCAGCGCUGAUCGCCCGUGGGGCCAGAGACUCUGCGACCUGGAGUCUCCCAGGCCGGGGGCGACGGCCCAGACGGGAUGCGUUGGAGAGAAGUUUCCGGAUGUAUUAUGUAGUCAUGAAUCAUGUCAGGGAAUUGCCACGGCCCCCGUUGAAUGGGGAGGCGCUGCCUCGGGCGCUGAGUAGCAGAGCCCGGACUCUGAACACUGGUCUGCUCCCGAACUGGAACUCCCAUUUUCAGUACCGUCCGCUUGAAAUCUCCCAAGAGCCCUCGAGGGGGCGAGAACGGGAUCCAAACCUCUCGGGGGCGAGAGCGGGAUCCGAACCCCUCGGGGGCGAGAGCGGGAUCCGAACCCGGCCGGAUUCCCGAGGUCCGAGCGCGCCGCGUGACCGCCACUCCGAACGUUCGCAACGUUCACAACGGACUCCCGGGCCGCCGGACCUCAAGGGUCAGGAGCCACUCAGAAAAAGCUCCAGGACACGCUCACCUGUUGACAGACGCUGAAGCCGCAAACGCUCCUCCUCUCUCUUCACACUCGCCAACACCGCGGCGGCGAUCGACUUCCGCUUCUCUCCAGCGAAUCCCCAGCUGAGCCUCCUUCUGCUCCCGCCACCAUUACCAAUCCAGCCAAUAAACUCUCAGAAAACCCUCUUUAUCUCCGCCCCACUCCCUACUGCCAAUCACUUCGGGUGCGAGCACCGCCCUUCCCGCCUUCUUUAGCGAGCGCCGCGCGCCACCGCUCGGCGGUUGGCGGCGCUGCGCGCCGCGGGAUGAAUCUCCCGGAAAAGCGAGGCGAGGGGCGGGCCAGGCCGGUGCGGGAGCCCUCAGGAUUGGCCAGAAGGAGGCCGGCGCUGUGACUCUGUCCAUUCCCGCCGUUGACAUCCAAGUCGGAGACGCUGGGGAUUGGUUCCCAGCGGACAGGUUAAGAAGCUUGGAGAUAAUUUCGCCCUCCUCACACGCUGCGGAGAGGGAGCUCCGCUGAUUGGUCCGGGGAGUCUGGUCGCGCGCCGAUCGGCACUCCAGGAUUGGCUGAGGGGGUGCGCGCGCCGCCAGGGAGCGUUGGCGGUGAUUGGCCAGAGGGCGGAGGCCGGCUAUUUGAAGGCGGCGCGCGGACUAGGUGCGCACUUCAGUCCGCGGAGAGAAGAGGCGGGGGUGGACCUGGUCAGCCCUACCUCACUGACCCCCACCGGACCCAGGCGCGGCCUCCGCCACAGCCACAGCCACAGCCCCUGCCCCUGCUGCGGCGCGGCGAGGCGAGGCGAUGGCCAAGGUGUCGGUGCUGAACGUGGCGGUCCUGGAGAACCCGAGCCCUUUCCACAGCCCUUUCCGGUUCGAGAUCAGCUUCGAGUGCAGUGAAGCCCUGGCGGACGACCUGGAGUGGAAGAUCAUUUAUGUUGGCUCGGCUGAGAGUGAGGAAUUUGAUCAGAUCCUAGACUCGGUGCUGGUGGGCCCUGUACCAGCAGGGAGACACAUGUUUAUCUUUCAGGCUGAUGCCCCCAACCCAUCCCUCAUCCCAGAGACUGAUGCCGUGGGUGUGACUGUGGUCCUCAUCACCUGCACCUACCAUGGACAGGAGUUCAUCCGAGUGGGCUACUACGUCAACAACGAGUACCUCAACCCUGAGCUGCGUGAGAACCCACCCAUGAAGCCAGAUUUCUCCCAGCUCCAGCGGAACAUCUUGGCCUCGAACCCCCGGGUGACCCGCUUCCAUAUCAACUGGGACAACAACACGGACAGGCUGGAGGCCAUAGAGACCCAGGACCCCUCUCUGGGCUGCAGCCUCCCACUCAACUGCACUCCUAUCAAGGGCCUGGGCCUCCCUGGCUGCAUCCCUGGCCUCCUCCCUGAGAACUCCAUGGACUGCAUCUAACUGCAGGAACCCAGAGUGUACCAGCACACCGGGAGGGGCAACCAGGCCUCCCAGCGAGUCCUGCAGGGCCCAUCUAGAGGACUUUGGGGGCCAUCAGCUGCAUCCAGGUCUGUCAAACUCAGCCCCUAGGAAAGAACAGGCCUCGAGUCUCCCCUAGUCCUGGCCAGAAGGAUGAUCUUGCUUUUCCUCUACAGGCCUAUAAGAAGCAGGUACUUCAGUUCUAAAUUCUGACUUGUGUUCUUUUUGUCUUCAUAAAUUCUACCUAAGGCCACUGUGCCACUGUGCACCCUUGAGUACCAUUGAUCCAAAGCUUUCCCACAGACCUCCCUGGCCCACCUAGAGGCUUUCUUGGUCAGUGCCUGUCAAGGCUCCAGUCCUGCUGAGCCAAAGGCUCUGUCAUUCCUUUCUCUUCCCGUCCAUCUGAGCAGAUCCACUCCAGCUUUCUGGUGGCACAGGCAGGAAUCUUAGUUAGUAGGUAGAGUUAGAUCCCAUUUCUGUCCUGCUCCCAGGAAGAUUCUUAGGUCCUCUUCAAUCCAGCAGCCCCUCCCAGAGGUGUGAUCAGGAUGCUGAGGAACCAUGUUGCCUUUCCUGUCAAUCACAGCCACCUUCCUGUUAUCUCCUAAAUGGAUCUGGCUUUUCCUGGAGGCUGCUGUGGUUGGAAGAUGGUAUCAGUGGGCCUACCUGUGCAGUCUGUCUCCGGGCCAGGGUCAGGGACCCUCUGCCUCUGGCAGCCUUAACCUGUCCUCUGCUAGGACCAGGGUGAUUUCAAGCCAGGGAAGCAACUGGGACCCUGAAAACUUCCUCCCCAGCCCACUCCCCCUCUCUGUGCCCUGGUCCCCUUGCUGCCAUGUGGAUACUGUUGUGAUUGCUGUUUGUAUAUUAUUAAAAUGUUUUUAUAUUAAAAA